AUGUCAGACGAGGAAGGCACUUCAAGCUCAACCACAACCAACGCCUCCGAGUUAAAGCUUCCUCAUUUCUGGCCCAAAAACCCCAGGGUGUGGUUCAGCCAAGUCGAGGCCCGCUUCCAGCUUCGACGCAUCACAUCGCAGGAGUCGAAAUACCUCCACGUCGUUGCAGCACUGCCACCUGACAUCGCUGACGCCGUAGACGAUGUGCUCGCCUCCACUCCAUCGGAGAAGGCCUACGACGAACUAAAAAGCACCGUAAUGAAACGUCUUGAGGUGUCCGAACAGAGCAGGCUGCACAACUCCUGUCUCAUGAAGAGCUCGGUGACCAGCGUCCCUCGCAACUACUCCACCGAAUGCAGACUGCCACAGUCAACACGGAUGAUACUCGCUGGCUCGGACGACGUGACUCUCGAGCGUCUGGCUCAGCUCGCCGACCGCAUCACCGACUGCACCGAGCCAUCAAAAAUGUUUAUCGCUGCAGCGGGAAGGUCCGAACAUGAAGACCGGUUAGGUCGCUUAGAGGACAGAGUUGAACGACUGGCAGCAGCAGUUGAAAACCUCGCCCUGUCCAACGAACACCGGUCUGCGCGGCAUCGUUUGCCGUCCAGUGCUCGAAGCCCACAGCACCACGGCCACUCAAGCGAGGCAGAGCAGAGCGUCUGCUGGUACCACCGCCGUUCCGAGAGCAAGCCACUCGCUGCACCGAACCAUGCUCGUGGACGGGAAACGCGCCGGCCAGUCGCUAACGGCGGAAUGCGACACGGGCCAUCGCUCAAGCCGCUUCUUCUUUGUUGUCGACCGCAUCACCGGCACACGCCUCCUUGUCGACACCGGAGCUGA